AUGCUGUGGGAACCGGCGGUGGCAGCGACACCAGCUCCGCACCAGUCGCAGGUGCCGCAGCAAUCGCAUGAAGUAACCGAGGCCGACAUUCAAGCGUCCCUAACAAGCAACUACGAUGAGAGCGAACAAGACUCGGUGCUUCCUUCGAUCGAGGGUGUUUUCGAGCCACCUGAAUAUAUCAAGAGCGAGCCUGGCAAAGACAUCAGUGCAGCUGUGUCGUCAACGGUCGGUACCUCCGCUUCGGGCAUAUCCAAGCAGCGUUGUUCUUCGUACGAUUCUCAGGCUACACUUCCAGUGUCGACGCCCUGCCCAUCGGACGAAGAAAGAGAUUUGCCUGUUGUACUUCGCAGUCCUGCUAGGGCGAGCUAUCAAUUCGACGCCGUUGAUACUGCACCGACGCCAUCAGUACGACGCACUCUCGACUUCGGCAUGCCAGCCCUUCGUCACACAAAUGACACCGCACCACAAGCGUCCGAGCCCGGCGACUUUACGUCACUUGCAGCUCUUCGUAGGCUAGAGCGUGACCCGCCCCAUCAUUGGCACGAAGAUGAACGCGAGCUCCUAACAAUACUCUACCGAUGGUACGAAGACACAAACGCGGCAACCAUCCCGAAGGUCUUCAAUGCCAUCACCGGCCUAAACCUCAGGCUCAACGUCAUACGUUACCAGUUCGAGAGCCAUCUCAUUCUGUAUGGCUGUCGUGCGUACCCCGAGUUCGAUCGAGCAAUGAAAGUCCCCUUCCACGACCCCGAACACAAGUACGACGAGAUCCACGCGAUCAUCGAAGAUACCGCCUCCGAGUCGGGCAUUGACUUGUCAAGACGCACACACGAGGUGAGUUACAUACCUGGAUUGGCGAGAACUGCGAAGUCUCCCAAGACGAGAAAGCAUUACAAAUCCCUAGUUAGACGUGCGCUAAAGAGGGAAAAGGAGAAAGCCCGCGCCCUUCGCAGGCCGGCUCCGGAAGAUCUACCACUGCAGGCUCUACAGCUCGGCGGAAUGACAUUGGCUGAGCAAGACAAUGAAGAAACAUGGUCAGACGUUGAUGGCUAUCACACACCACCCAUCACACCUACGCAGCCGACACUACGGACUCCACCCGGCAGGAACACGAUUGGAUUUCGCGUUUGGGAUGCCAACAGCCGGACGAUUUUCGACGACGAGACGGGCUUCGUAAGUCAAGCCUUCUCGAUUUGGAGGGGCGAGUUUCCGCCGCCUUUCUCCCCAGACGGGCAAGGUCAACAGGCUCUCAUGCUCUUGACGAAUCUCCAUUUGUCAAUGAGUGGCGGUGCAUCGGCUUUUGUCUCAGUGUCGACGAGUCUCUUGCAAGCUCUUGUCAAAGCUUCUACGAUGUUUGAGCCCAGGAUCGCCGUCAAGCGCAUGGUUUGGGCUUCCGUCCCAGCUGCAGCCGUGCUCUCACACUUCCCGCUUUCCGAUCUCACUGUCUUAUCACGCCACAACCAAGCUUGCGAUGAUAUCCUCAACUUGCGGGAUAUACAAUCCGGUCGAAAGACACAAUACGUCUCCUCGCUCUUGCGCGACAGGAACACAAUCAUCAACAUCCGCACGGCACGAGCAAUGGCCGUGGUCUGCCGAGGUUUCAAAAUGCACCGUGUCGGCGUCAGCCUUACGCAUAUACAAGGGCUGGUCUCGUCGUUGGUGGAUUCAUUUCAGCUGAAGCAAGGGACAAGUGAUACACCCCGCAUGUCCAUGAUGAUGGCCAAAGCAUUCGCCGUUUCGCUCGUAUCGCAGGCUCAUCGCACUCACGAUGUUGAAGCGGCUUUCCAGGAAGGCGUUCAGCAAGGCACUGUUAGUAAUAUCCGUGUACAGACUGUUGUGAGACAUUUACUGACUUCGUACAUCGAUGUUCAGGCUACCAUCGAGUUCUAUACGCGUCGUCGACCUGCGGCUCCGCGACGACGGAGUAGCUGA